UUGCCGAGUCUCAGUUGAACAACAAAACAACUCGUUCUCUGUGGGAAUUGGGAAGGUGGCGCGGCCUUCUUUUUUAUUUCGCUGAAUUUCAUGCUUUGACUCUCGGCCCUCCUUUCCUCUUCCUCCUCCAAAGCCCUUGAAUUGCGAAACCCUAACCAUUUUUUUUUUCUUUCCACUUCUUCACUUUAGGUUUCUCUCUCUGUAUUUUUCUUUUUGGGAUCCUGGCUAUGGCUGCGACUGCAAACUCUGCUGUUCCUCCCCAUGUGAAGGUUUCUGGUUCGCGUCUUCGCAGUGCAAAUCAUAAUAUCUCCAUAUCAUGCCCUGCUGCCAAGUCUUUCUUAUCCAUUAACUGCUGUUCAUCUGAAGGAUUGCGAGAUCAUCAAGAUUUCUCAUUCCAGGCGUCUUCCAUUUCAUCUCGUAAUUUUUCUGAUGGAAGGAAUGGAGUUUCCGGGUCAUAUUUGGGUGCUUCUGUACAGAAGAGAAGCCUAGUUGGUCAAACAUUUUGCUCUGCUGGAGUAUGCACAUUUGGGGAACAUGCUUUAGGAUCUCCUUCACAUGCUGCAACAGAAAGGGUGGGGGUGCUGCUUCUGAACCUUGGGGGACCAGAAACGCUUCAAGAUGUUCAACCAUUUUUGUUCAACUUAUUUGCAGAUCCAGAUAUUAUACGACUUCCCAGGCCAUUCCGGUUUCUUCAACGGCCCUUGGCGCAACUAAUUUCAGUUCUUAGAGCUCCAAAAAGUAAAGAAGGGUAUGCAGCAAUAGGGGGUGGCUCACCCUUGCGGAAAAUAACAGAUGAGCAGGCACAUGCACUGAAAAUGGCUUUGGAAGAAAAGGAAAUGCCUGUAAAUGUAUAUGUUGGGAUGAGAUACUGGCAUCCUUUUACUGAGGAAGCAGUUCAUCAGAUCAAGAAGGACAGCAUUACAAGGCUUGUUGUGUUGCCACUUUAUCCUCAGUUCUCCAUUUCUACAAGUGGGUCAAGCAUUCGCCUUCUCCAAAGUAUCUUCAGGGAAGACCCUUAUCUGUCAAGGCUCCCAGUCUCUAUUAUAAAGUCAUGGUACCAACGAGAAGGUUAUAUCAAGUCAAUGGCUAACUUAAUAGAGAAGGAACUGCAGAGUUUCUCCAAGCCUGAAGAAGUGAUGAUAUUCUUCAGUGCACAUGGGGUGCCGGUUAGCUAUGUUGAAGAGGCAGGAGAUCCAUACAGAGAUCAGAUGGAGGAGUGCAUCAGCUUGAUCAUGCAAGAGUUGAAAUCUAGGGGAACUAAUAAUGAUCAUACUCUUGCUUAUCAGAGCCGAGUUGGGCCUGUACAGUGGUUGAAGCCCUAUACCGAUGAAGUUCUUGUUGAUCUUGGUCAGAAAGGUGUAAAAAGUCUCCUGGCUGUCCCUGUAAGUUUUGUAAGCGAGCAUAUAGAGACUCUGGAAGAGAUUGAUAUGGAGUACAAGCACUUGGCACUUGAAUCUGGCAUUGAAAAUUGGGGUCGAGUCCCUGCUCUGGGUUGUACUUCUUCCUUCAUCUCUGAUUUAGCAGAUGCUGUGCUUGAAGCUCUACCUUCAGCCACAACCAUGUCUACCACAAGCACAUCUGAAGACGAUACUGAGGAUCCAGUCAAAUAUGCAAUCAACAUGUUUUUUGGUUCGAUCUUAGCAUUCUUUUUAUUGUUGUCACCAAAACUUAUCUCAGCAUUCAGGCAAUUCCUCUAAAGACGAUUUUGAUACAGCAGUCAUUGUGAGGUUCUGUUCAUACUACAGUUCCUUCGGUGUUAUUUAGAUCUAAUAGCUAACUAAUCAAAUUGGCAUCCUGAAGAUGCAUAAUUUUUUUCCCUUUCACCGGGAAAGAUGCUAUACUAUUAGGAAUUACUUUGUAAGGAAUAAAUACCUUUACACCUGAAAAUGUAAAGAAAUUUUCUCCUAAAGAAUCUUUGUAAUGAAUGGAUCAAUGUUCUGGGUGAACCUAGUGAACUUAUAUUGUGCAUUAUCA